UAUUGAGAUUGUUUGGUACUCAAAUAUGUCUAGGCAACAUUUGACCGUCAACAAUGAAACGAUCAAAUAGCUGUUUAUUGAUAACACACGUGGCCGCGGUAAGUAUUUCUAAGUUAGAUUGGUAAACAGACCAAUUGCCGAGAGUCAAUCGCAAAGAGGAACGCGUCAGAAGACGUUUACAAACAAUCAUCCAACGAGCUUCGAAUAGUCUGCUGAAUGUUCGAAAUCGCAUGAAAAUGUUAGAGUACGAGAAGAUGGGAAACAAAGUACCAGAAGGUGUAAAUUCGCCGUCAACUCCGACGCCAACGUUGUCAAACACUUGGAGUCCGCCCGUGAAUUCCCGAAAACGUAAAAGGAGGAAAUCCCGAUUUGCAGAUUUCUGUUGCAAGAUCGCCUCAAUCUUCUGCUGUCCUCCUACCAGAACCUCAAUAGUACGAAAAUUGGCUUUUCAUCCACCAGUUCCGUCACAGUAUUGCCUCGUAGAAGAUAAAACAGCAGAGUUUGGGUUAAGGAUAAAGGCCAAUAAACCCAAAUUGCUUCGGGUCUACCCGGAUUUUGAAGAAUGUUGCAAACAAGCCGAGAUUUUUAACGUAAAGAAAAAAGAUGGAAACCUUCUGGCCGGGUUACGUGUAAGAUGCCCUGUGCUAAACAAGCCAAAAAGAGGUCAACGCAGUCCUGACACACGAGUUACCGUUUUCUAUAGCCAUCCAAAUGCUGUUGAUCUAGCUGACGUGCUGCCAUAUGCAGUCGAUUUCUCUAAAACCUUUUUCUGUGACUUUAUUUCCUACGAUUACACCGGAUAUGGUCAAAACCUUGGAGAGCCGAGUGAAGCGCAGAUCCUGUGUGACGCGGAGUGCGUUUUUCAACACGUUCGUGUGCAGUUAAAGACCAAUCUGCGCCGUCUAAUACUGUUCGGAGAAAGUAUCGGCUCUGUUCCAUCGAUACAUCUAGCGACCCGUUAUAAAGUGCGCGGUCUUAUUCUUCAGGGCGCCCUAGCAUCGGGAAUUAAAGUUUUUUUUCCUUUUGUCGACGCAAACCCCUUUGGGAUCGACUGCUUUCGAAACAUUGAACGAGUUUCGAAUAUCCUAUGUCCGGUUCUUUUUGUCCACGGCACACACGAUGAAAUCUGCGACUUCAAAGCCGCUAAAGAAAUGUACAAAAAGUGCCCUCGUGCCGUAAAGCCUCUUUGGGUGCUCGGAGCUGGACAUAGUGACUGUAAUGAGCACGAUCAGUACGAACAAAGGAUCCGGAAGUUUAUGCAGACGUUAAAGUAACCAACAAUCAGUAUAUUUUUUUUAAAUCAAAGACUGCUUCACUAGCCGAACUGCUAGUCAUCUACGAACGAAAGGAUGAAGCCUGACCUGAUCCGGGAAAACGGUGUCAUUAACAUAAUAAUAGCAGUAGUAAUUAAAAAGGUUGAUCUAGUACAUUUUUUAAAAUAACACAACUUAGAAAAGGCUUCUAGCCAACAUUUUAAAAAACACUUCUACAUCAAACGUACGGUUCGAGUGAAAUUAAUUAGUUGUUUAUCUAGAACCUAAAGCGAAUAGUUGUCAAUAAGCCAACUGUGUACUCGUAUGAUCAACGCGACGUUUUUUUUUGUACAGGUGUUUUGUUUUGUCUAGUUGAAGGGUAAGAUUAUGAGCUAAAUAGGCUGUCGAAACGCUGGUUCAAGCAAGUCUCACGACAUACUUCCAUCAGGGUGCUCGGGUUUGCGACCCAAUAAAGUUUGUUACUGUGAGACAUUUACAAGAUCGCACAAAAGACUGAAUUUACCUGUGCAAAAAAUUCAAACGUAAAGAUGUUUCUAUAUGACAUCCAGUCAUCUGAUGCGUUUUAUUGUAUACAUAAGAGUUUUAAUGAAUAAUUUUCAGACAGAAAUCAACAACAUGGAUCCCCAGCUAUAGCGUUUUACACGGUUCUUAAUUCCUACAGCCCAUAUACUUCGUGUCACAAAGAGACUCGCUGUGAAAGUAGCAAAUGUGGUGUUCAAAACAGACUUCUACUUAGGAAACUUUAUUUGGAUGGCUGUGAAUUGUAUUUUAUAAGCUUAUUUUGAAAACAAGCACCUUUGGAACCGGCAACAUCAAUAUUUGCCGCUAACUUUUUUUUAUCAGACUGUACUAGCCUGCAAAAGGGCUAAGAGUGUCUUGCGCUAGCGUUUAACUAUCUGUAUCGGUUUCUAACGGUUAGUCACAUAUUUUAGUCAAGCUAUGCCAGGUAUAAUACAUACUAACCUGCACUCCGAGGUCCAAAAGUAGUUUGCUUGAUCAAUUGAGAAGACAUUAUACGACGUCUUUGCGAUGAAAAAUUCAGUUCAGGGAAAAAAUCAAAAAGAAAAAAUUUUAACAAAUUUUUUUUUGAUUGAAAAAAAAGUAUUUUGAUGAUGAGCACCCCUUGAAAAAUGCGACUGUACGCAUCCAUAGGUUUAGCAAAAACAUUUUAUAACAAACGAAAAAACCAUCUAGCAAACUCAACUUAUGCUCCAGCUAGAAACCAACCUUUGCCCCCUCCUCACUCCAACGGUGCUUUUAUCUAAUUGUUUUCCUCUCCCCAACUUUCUAGCCCUCUCCUUCGUCUUGUUUGCGAUACGUUAAGUUGAAACUCUGCAAGCGGCUUAAUAAAAUUUUAAUGUUUAGCAAUGAUUACGUUGCUGUGCAACGGAAUGGUACGAAACCAACAUACACAGACAAAUACUCACACAUACAUAUUUGUAACGAGAACUUAUAGCCAUUUGACUAUAGUACUGGUGAACAGGUAGGAACUUACAUCGUAUCGCAUGCUCAGUACGAAAUACGUAUAACAAUAUAACUUAUAAUAUAAAGUUGAACUAAAUACGUUGUAGCAUGUUAUUAGGGGGGAAUCUGGUAUACGAACACCUGUUUUCAUAUUCAUUAACUACUGCAAGUCGACAAUAAAGUAACGUCGAUACCAAAACUAGGAUUUUUUUUAACUUAAUCUGUAUGUUGGAAAAUCGUAUGCAUUACAGUAGCUCAAUAUUAUUAACAGCCAAGCGAGAUGAUGGUAAUUUUUUUUAGGUUAUCACUUUUUCUCGCAACUUAUUUUUUUUUUUUGUAUAAUUUCACGCCGCCGUUAAUACUAGUUGAUAUGAUAGUUCUGUAGAGCCGAGCCUUUCUCGCGUCGAAGCAAAACGAUGACUAAACGUUUUUCCUCUGUCUAUUAUUAGGCUACGCCUAAUAAUAGUCGCGUUAAAUUUAGCGAUCUUUUACCA